AUGGAUUUGGAGAGUGAGAGCUCUGCUCUCGAGUCUGUUGAAGAUAAUGGCUUGAUUAAUGAAGUUGAGACUCUUGGGGAUAAACUGGUCUCUGCUUCUACAGCUGAUAACGAUAAACAGUCGAAUCCACCGGUUGAGACUUCUCCUCCUAUAUCAAAGGGAUUUGGUUUAAGAAAAUGGAGAAGGAGGAAGGUAAGGAGAGAUCUUGUUAAGGAUAAUACCUCUGUGAAUAUGGAGAACAGUAAAGUUAUGAAGAGUGUGUCAGGAGCUACAGAUCCUCAUGCUAAACAAAUGCAUUUUCUUCAUGAAGUGAACAGAUAGUCUGCUCGUGCUCGUGAUACGUGCUGAUUUGCGAAAGCUGAGUCUAGUCAUGGCCCUAGUCUUGCUUUUUCAGCUGGUAUGGAUUCGGAUAACAGUGAGGACCGAAGUAGCAAGUCCUCGACUGCAGCCAGUGGUUCCAAGGUUAGGUACGAGAGGAAAACGGGUCAUUCUUGGGGCAAACAGAGCGCAAAGUAUAAGAGUGUGAUUAGCUUGGGUGAUAGUGGUCAACCAAGGAAGAGUAGUGUAGAGAAGAGUAAGAAAGUUAGAGGAGAAAGGAUCAAAAUCGAGAAGGAAAACUCUCAUUCCAGUAUGGAAUCUGCUGACUCAAGAAGCUCCAACUUUGUGUUUAUGCAGGGUGCUUCCUAUAGUUUGAGUAGCAGAGAACAGGGAGGGAGAAGAAUGAUGGAUUACAACGAAGAAAAUAGUGAUCAUGAGGCACAUACUUCCAACCAUAAAGAUAACGCUAGAGAAGAAGAAGAAACCGAAGAUUAUUCACAAGGAGACUCUGUGGAAGAAUCCCAAAUCAAGAACAAUGGUUCCUCAGACAAUCUGGAUCCAUUAACUGAGGCCUUCAACAGCUUCCACAGUUUGCAGGAAGCGUUAAAAAAAGAGCUUCAAAAAUUUCAAGAGCUUGGGAAAGAAUCUAUGUCAUCACUGCAUGAUGGAGCAGAAAGCAGAAGUUGCAUACACGCGGGACGUGAACGAGCUGGUGAAGCAAGUUCUUCUCGCCGGUUUGGGUCUGAAAAUAUGGGAGAACCGGGAUUAACUUCUCAAGAUUCCGAGAUACGAAACCUGGUGAACAAUGUAGAGCACCUGGAGAUCAAACUGAAAGAAACAAGGUCUAUCCUCGAGGCUAAAGAAUCUCAAAUCCGUGAACUCAAAUCCACAAUAAGCCUUUCAGAGCCGCGUAAUGGAGGAACAGAGAUCGGGAUCGAAGACAUUUUCCAGCAAAAGAUGGAGGCAGAGAUUGAACAUCUUGUAUUCUCAAGCUCAGUGGAAAACUUAAAAGGACAGAUCAAACUGAUUGGAGAAGAGAAGACAUUGGCUGAGAAUGAAGCUCAUAAGACGCUAUCAAAGCUUGGAGAAGCAGAAACCAAAGCUGAGAUUCUCAAGAAUCAAGCUCAAGAUUUACAAAACCAGUGUGUAGAGAUCACAGAGGUCCAAGAAGUGAAGAGUUUCAAGAAGGGUAUGUUUAAGACCAUCUCAUGUCUUCUUCUACAGUUAGGCUUGCUGUUUAUGCUUUUUAAUUUCCUGUUAAUGCCAGAGUCCGAGAAUGUUGUACCCACAUGAGAAUUUAUUUUUCAAGGUACAGAUAUGUUUAGUUAUGAUUAUUAUUGUUAUUAUAUUCUUGUU